AAUGGUCAAACCAGUGUGACAGGAACUUGGCAAAAUGUCAAAAGCAAUGAACAGAAGUCCAGUGGUCAAUGGCAAGAAUCAACAGAAUCUGUUGAGCUUGAAUAAUUUAGUGUGACCUACAAGAAUGAGAGAAAUUUUAGCAAGCAUCCCAAGCGUCAGCUGUUUCAUGAUAUCUUUACAACUUUAGUUAAAUACAGACUUACCUGCAGGCAAUGGGUUAUUCAAGCUCCGUGCAUCCAUUUUCUUAGAGUAUUAAUCUGCCUGAGAUUAUUAAUAAGGGAUCCAUGCUACCAAGAAGUGCUCCACAGCCUGGGUGGAAUUGAAAAUCUAGGUCAGUAUAUGGAAACAGUAGCAAAUCGUUAUCUUAUUUGCAGAGAAGAGCAGCAUAAUGUAGGCAAGUUGGUCAACAUGACAUAUAUUUUCCAAAAGCUUGCUGAUGUUAGAAAUCAAAGAGUAGUUAUAGCAAGUGGAGCACAUGAAAUGCUUUAUAAAAUUACCUUAAUAAAUUUAUUAUCUGCCAGAGAUAGUCAUGUGUUUUUUGGUAGAAUGGAAUAAUCAAUUUGUAGUCCAGAAUAUAGGGAGGAGAUAAAUGAGAUUGUUGAGAACUUGCUGGUGAUAUUACAUGAACACGAUUUUCUCUCUAACAGGUUCACAGCAGAGUUGCUGUGACUCCUUUGUGCAGAGUCAUGAGUCAAAGAGCAAAUAAAAAUGUAUGAAGAAGUUCCAGUCUUACUCAGUUUGCUCCAUUCUGAUCACAUCAAACUUCUAUGGAGAAUAGUUUGGAUUCUGGUACAGGUUUGUGAAGGUCCUGAGGCUAAUGUGGAAAUUUGGAUCUGGGGUAGAAUCAAGCAGCUCCUUCAUAUGUUACAGGAGGAAAGAAAUCUUGCAUCUGACCCUUGUAUCAACUCUUCAGUUAGAAGUUUAUCUAGGGCAAAUGCAGCAGGGAGAAUACAGUAUUUUCAUUUGUCAGAUGAGCUGAGUCCUGAUGAGAUACAAGAAAAUUUCUCACUUCAAGCAGCUUGUUGUGCUGCAAUUACUGAACUGGUGCUCAAUGAGACUAAUGGUUACCACGUUGUACAGGCAAUUGCAGUAUAUACAAUAGCAAAGCUAAUUUCAUCAAACAAAGAAAAAUCCAGUUUAUUACAGGAGUUUGUAUUGAAGCAAAUUGCUGAAAGUCCUGAGAACAUGAAUCAGAAUAAGGCACCCACAAAUCAUGUAGGAAAUGAUGCAAUUUUAGAGCACCUUGGCAGUGGAGCUUUUGGAAUUGUAUAUAAGGUUAGAAAACAUAAUGGACAACAUCUCCUGGCAAUGAAAGGAGUCAAUUUACGCAAUCCAGCAUUUGGAAAGGACAAAAAAGACAGAGAUAGCAGUGUAAAAAGUAUUGUCUCUGAAUUAACCAUCAUCACAGAGCAGCUGUAUCACCCAAAUGUUGUAUGGUUUUAGAGAACCUUCUUGGAAAAUGACAGGUUGUAUAUAGUGAUGGAGCUUAUGGAGGGGGUGCCAUUGGGAGAACAGUUUCACUCUUUGAAGGAAAAACAACAUCAGUUUACAAAAGAGAGAAUAUGGCAUAUAUUUAUCUGACUUUGUCUAGCUCUUCAUUAUUUGCAUAAAGAGAAAAGGAUUGUUCAUUGAGAUCUCACUGUGAACAAUAUCAUGUUGGGGGAUAAAGACAAAAUACGGAUCACUGACCUUAGCCUCGCAAAGCGAAGGCAAGAAAACUGCAAACUUAAAUCCCUAAAUCCUAAAAUGGCUUCAAGAGUGAGACCUUUUAAUAUGUUAAAUAUUCAAGUCACAUACCUUGGAAGACUAAUGCUUGUAGUUCUUAGUGAGCAAAGUCCUCAAGUUGUAAAGGGUGAGCUGUAUGGAGAGAAGGCUGAUGUCUGAGCUGCAGGAUGCAUCCUUUAACAGAUGGCCACUCUGAGCCCACCAGUUUACAGCACCAAUAUGCCCUCCUUGGCAACUGAGAUUUUUUUUUAUUUUUUUCUGAUAGUAGGGGCUGUGUAUGAACCUGUGCCAGAGGGACUGUACUCUGAAAAAGUCUCAUUUACCAUUAAGAGCUGCUUGACUCCUGAUGCAGAGGCAUGUCCAGACAUAGUAGAAGUCAGCUCACGGCUGCCUGAUGUGAUGAUGAAAUAUCUGGAAUUUUUAUCCACCUCUCAUCUCAUGCUGGAGAGGAAACUGGAUUGGGAGAGGAGAGAAACCCAGUGGUACUUCCUGGAGGCUAAUUGAAAUGCAGUAACUUAUCAUCAUCAACUUCCCAUUUUAUCACAAAAAAAUGAUGAGGAGUUGAGUCUGCAUCGUAGCAGCAGUGGAGCAGUUGCAGUUUUGUUUGUCAGUUGCAAAAGUGAAUUUUCAGAAAAUACUGACCUUCCAGUUGUCAGUUAUCAGUCUGCACAUGGAAAAGAUGAGGAAAGAACAUGCAAAGCAAUCCUGGUAUUUUCUCUGAAUGACAAUGAGAUAGACAUAGUGGACAAUUAAAGCAGCUCCAGUUCAAGUAAUUUGAAAGAGUCUGCUGCUGGUAUAGUUAUACAAAGUUUUAGUGUUUCUGAAAGAGAGCCUCAGAUAAGAAUGAGUGUUUCCUCUUUUAUUUCUUCUCCUUUAUUGCCUAUUGAUCUGCUUUUAAGAGUACCUUCACUCACCCACAGGUCCCACACUAAGAAAAUCAAGUGUUUGUACAUGAUGAGAUGGCAGUUUCAUAGUCUACCAGCUCUAGCUCUUUGCAAUGUGAAACAUCAUGGUUUUAUUUAUAAUUAGUCGGCAGGAAUUGCUGUAUCACAAAGGAAGGUGCAUCAGAUCAGUGACCCUGUUCAGCAGAUCCUUCUUCAGCUGCACAAAAUUGUCUUCAGCACUCAACUUCCUCCAGCUUUGCAAUGCAACUUGAAAAGCAGAAUCGUUGAGAGAUUCAACAAGUCCCUCUUCAGUCAGAAGAGCAAUCCUUGUAAACUGAAAUCAGAAAUCAAAAAGCUCCUGCAAUAUGCUGCUGAAUUGAUUGAAUCCAAUAUCUUCACAGCAGAUUGGCAUGGGGCACAUCUUUCUUCAGGUGGAAUUAUGUUGCUUCCAGAUGAUAGAAAAGGCAUUCUUGGCACAUCUGGCAUGGCAGAAGGGAUGACAUAUGAGCAGUUGCAGACUCUAAUUGAGGAAGUUCUAGAGGAAAGCGGUAAUUACGGUUUCUCUUCUUACAGGUAUCUCUACUAUCCCGAAGGGAACAAAGAACUAUCCAGCAAAAGAAGAAAACGUGUGGUUCUAAACAGAGGGUUUGGAAUUGUUCCUAGUGAAGCCAACCUGCCUGUACUUCAGCAGAGGCUGAUUACCAAAGGGUCAAGCUUUGCUCAUUGA